CCUGCGGAUAUAUAUUUGUCCAAUCCAAAAUAAGUACUAAUCAGAGUUAGACCUUGGUCAAGAUUAAUAGCCCAUUAACAUUGCCUGGUGCGGUUCGAUGCGAGUUAUUCAUACUAAUUCAUUCAAGCAAGCGACUACGAACACACGGCUAUAAAAGUGCAGUAUGUCCAGGAAAGUCAAAGGAUUAAUGGAGCGCCUACGGGCGGGUGAGAAGGUGAUUUGCGCUGAGGGGUACAUCUUCCUCUUCGAGAGGCGGUGCUACGUAAAAGCUGGUCCGUUCGUACCCGAGGUCGUUCUCGACCAUCCCGAGUUCGUCAAGCAAACCUAUGAGGAGUUCGUCAAAGCAGGCAGCGAUGUCGUCAUGGCUUUCACGUAUUACGCCCAUCGUGAGAAACUCGCGCUCAUCGAUCGUGAGAAAGACAUCGAAGCGAUGAACCGUACUGCCCUACGACUUGCCCGAGAGGUCGCCGAUAAGACCGGUACCCUGGUCGCUGGUGAUAUCUGCAAUACCAACGCUUUCGAUCCUAAGGUUCCUAGUUGCAGGGAGACAGUCAAAAAUAUGUUCAAAGAGCAAGUAUUAUGGGCUGUGGAAGAGGGGGCGGACUUCAUCGUAGCAGAGACUUUUGGUAUCUUGGAGGAAGCCAUGAUUGCCUUGGAGGCCAUUAAAGAAUUUGGAAGCGGCCUACCGGCAGUCAUCACACUCGCUGCCUGCCAGAUGAGCCUGUCUUCGCUAGAUGGAGUAGACCUGAUAGAAUGCUUCAGGCGGCUGGAGGCGGCUGGAGCCGAUGUGAUGGGACUCAACUGCUCCAGGGGACCAGCGACCAUGUUGCAGCUCCUCGAAAAAAUAAAGAGUGCCGGUUUUAAGACUCCCAUUGCAGCUGUUCCCGUAACAUACCGAACAACUGAAGAAAUGCCCAACUUUCACGCACUCAAAGACCCUACCACAGAUGAGAUCGCGUUCCCGCUCAACCUCGACUGCCUGCUCUGUUCCCGAGACGACAUCGCCAAGUUCGGUCGCAAAUGCGAGGAGCUCGGCAUCAACUACGUCGGCCUUUGCUGCGGUAACUCACCGCAUCUUACCCGCAGUCUAGCCGAAUCGCUCGGCCGCGUCACACCGGCGUCGAAGUUCUCACCGAACAUGGCGCUACAUUGUAUAUACGGCACCGAUGACCGAGUGAAUACCUAUCUAAGAAAAGAUGUUAAGAAGGCUUUGUCGGGGCAAGAAGGUUGAGACCCCAAAUUUCCCCUUUUUUGUCGUGGUCCACUAUAGUUGACCCAAUUUUGUAGGAUUUUUUUUUUAAAGAGGAUAACAAUUUGAAAAAAGAGAGGAUAUAAUGGCAGCCAGACAUGUGCCACUAACACAAGAGCUUCUUUUAGAGCAGGGGAUCAUGGUUGUCCCUUUUUUUUCUCUUAACGUCUUGUAUCACGCCAUAUCAUUCUGAUGGUAGUAAUAUGACUUAAAUAUGACUUAAUAUCAUAUGUCCCGAAAAUAUGACCCGCAAAAAGUUGCGUAGGCAUGCAUUAGUUCAAGAGCUACAACCUGUAGAAUCACUUGAGAUCAUUUGAGGUAUGACGCCCCCUUGAGUAAUGAUAUUUCUCUAAGAAAUCGCCCAUUUUCGCAAAGCUGUCGGAAAUAUUCAUUAACAACGUUUCGUCUUGAUAAACACAUGCUGAAUUUUAAUAGCCAGUUGGAACCGGUCUUUUAGACGUAUACAUCUGUUGUUCUGUUUUGUAUCAUGCUAUUAAUCUAUUUGAUAUAAACUCGAGGAUAGUUUUUUCCUGGAUUCAGUCAGCUUCAGAGAAUGUUUUUAUCCGAUGAUAGAUAUUGACACGAGCACAUUAUAUGACCUCCAUUCCUGUAUGUUUUUUACUUUUUUUAUACUAAUUCUAAUGUGCAAAUCAAUUGAAAAAUGAUAACAACUGCAAA